UAUAGACUUUAAAUAUUUUUGUUUUAAAAUUAUACUUCUUAAUAUGAAAUCUACAGUAGACGACAAUGAGUCAAAUAAUAAAAAUCAUUAUAGUAAUAAUUUAACAUUACCAACAUUUUUUCAUGAGCAUCCAAUAAUAAAAUCAAUUUUUGCUGGAUCUGUGUCAGGACUUUUUUCUACAAUUAUAUUUCAACCACUUGAUGUUGUUAAAACAGUCUUACAAGAUCCUAGGAAUGAUAAUAAAUUAGGAUUAAUGAAUGCCACAAAAUUAGUCUGGCAACAAGAAUCAUUUUUUGGAUUUUGGAGGGGAUUAUCACCAUCUCUUGCCCGCAAUAUUCCAGGAAUUGCUAUUCAUAUAUCACUUACUCAAUUAAUUAAUUCAUAUUUAACAAAAAAUAGUGAGACUUCAAUGGCCAAAUCUGGACUAGCUGGAUUUAGUGCGCGAUGUAUUACUGUGUCAUUAUUAAUGCCUUUCACCGUUUUGAAAUCUAGAACUGAAUGUGGUCAGUACCAUUAUGCUACUUUAACUAGUGGUUUAUCUGGAAUUCGUUCAUCUGAAGGCUGGAAAGCUUUGUGUCGUGGAUGGAUACCGACCAUUUUACGAGAUGCUCCAUUUUCUGCACUAUAUUUUAUGUUUUUUAUUAAAUUUAAAAAUAUAGAAUUGUUUGAAGAUAGAAAAAAACCGUACUAUACUUUUGGGUGUGGUCUCUUAGCUGGAGGAAUAGCAUCUUGCAUUACUCAUCCAUUUGAUGUAAUUAAAACUACUCAGCAAGUUUCAAAAGAUAAUAUUCCACUACUUGAUGCAAUUGUUUUAAUAAAACAAAAGUAUGGAUUAAUGGGUUAUAUGAAUGGACUUUCUCUUCGAAUUCUAAGACGAUCAUUAAUAGCUGCAAUUACUUGGACUAUAUUUGAUAAAUUAACCUAUACUUAAUUUAUUUUUAUUUAUUUAUUUAUUUUAAAUUGAAAAAAAAUCUUCCC